AUGACUCGUCCUAAAACUCCCAUUUUUAGCAUCAGCGACUGGGGACAAAUACUCCACGGCCUUUGGCCCGGUAAACCAAAGUUCAAGGAGGACCAAUACCCAUCAUUGGAGGGAAAAGUUGUUAUCGUUACCGGAGGAAAUGCUGGUCUUGGAUACCAAACUGUCAAAUCGUUGGCGGGCUCAACAAAGGCAAAAAUCUAUAUCUUUUCAAGAAACAAGGAAAAGACACUUGAGGGGAUUGAGCAACUUAAGAAAGAAGUUGCAGACGAGUACAAAGUUAAAAACAGAGAAAUUGGGUUUAUUCAAGUUGAUUUGAGUGAUCUUACCUCUAUCAAGCCAGCAGUAGAGGAGUUUUUGAAAAAGGAAAACAGGUUGGAUAUUAUCAUCAACAAUGCCGGUGUCAUGAUGCCACCUCGAGGUUCAAAGACUAAACAGGGAUAUGAAUUACAGCUUGGAACCAAUGUAUUGGGCCACCACUUGUUGCAACGUUUAUUAGAUCCUAUUUUCAUCAAGACUUCAGAAAAGAAUCCCAAGGGCUUGUCCAGAAUCGUGUGGUUAUCAUCAACUUAUCAUAUGUAUGCCCCAAAAGGCGGUAUUUUCUGGGAUGAUAUCAAUUUCGAAAAAGUUCCAGAUUCCCUAACCACCAACGUUAAAAAGCAAAUCUAUGGACAAAGCAAAGCUGCUCUAUUGAUUGAAGCCCGUACAUGGUCCAGAAAACAUGAUUACCCCAACGUCAUUAGCAGUUCAAUUUGUCCGGGUUACUUGAGCACUGGUUUGCAAAAAUACGCAAGCCCAAUGGAGAAGUUUGCGUACAAGUACAUUUUACAUCCGCAACGUCUUGGUGCUUAUACCGAGUUAUAUGCUGCAUUCUCUCCAGACGUGAAGGAUGGUGAUUAUAGUGUGUCAUUUGGGGUUCCUGGUAAACCAAGAAAAGAUCUACUCGAUGAUAAAAUCGGUGACAAACUUUGGGCAUGGCUUGAUGAGGAAACUAAUCCUUAUGUUUAG